AUGGCGGGGGUUGUUGUGGUUUGGGUGAUUUGGGGGGGGGGGGUGGGGGGGGGGGGGGGGGGGGGGGGGGGGGGGGGGUUUUGGGGGGAAGUGGGGGGGGGGGGGGGGGGGGGGGGGGGGGGGGGGGGGGGGGGGGGGGGGGGGGGGUUAUUUUUGUA